ACACCCCCUCACAACCACACCCACACCCACAUCUUACCGUACCAUGUCUUCCAACAACACCUUCGCCUCCGACCCGUCCUCCAACCCUAUCCUCACCGACUCCGCCUUCGGCUCGGCGCCUCGUCCCGACCACCACGUCCACAACAGCUCAGAGCCCCUCCCUGGCGCUCGCGGCACAGACGCCACGACCACCGACUACAGCAAACACAACAUCGAGCACGUUGCGCGGGGUAGCCCCGGCGCGGGCUUCGACCGGCGCCCCGCGGGCCCCGGCUUCAGUGGCUCCUCGAACCCAGCUUCGGAGGAGGACAUCGGCGCCGCUCGCUCCAUGUCGCAGGACGACAUCGACGGCGGCGUCGGGAUGGGCGAUGGGUCGGACGCGCGCAGCCGCCACGAGUCGCGCUCGACGGCGGGCGCGGGGCCUCACGAACAUCAGCACGAACACGACGACCGCCCCGUCGGCAGAGCCGGGUUCACCGACAAAGUCGUCGGCAAGACCGAACGGACGUUCGGCAAGCUCGCGCACAAGCCCGCGAUGGCGGAGAAGGGGGAGUUGCGUGCGACCGGGGGCAAGGCCGCCGUCCGCGGCGACGCGCGCGCGCCUGGGCUUUUCGAGUAGGCUUGAAGGGCGAGAAUCGUAGACGAGUGGGGUUGUUUCAUGACGCUGCUCGACGGAGUCCAUUGGCAGUGUAUCACCAUGAUGUAUCCUAUCGCUGGCCGCUUUCAUCGAACAAAUGUGCACCAUGACUGCCCAUCGU